GAGGAGGCACAGGGUGGGAGAUAAAUGAAGCAUGUGGAGCCCAUGGCAUGGCCAGGAUGGAUUGAUCUCCAGCACAGAAGGUAGCAAACGCCUGAGAGGAGCAGAUCUUCCCCUAGAGGCACAAAUCACCGGAGAGACCUGCUUCUGCUUAUCCGGAGAGCGCGCCUGGCCUGCCCAUGGCUAGCAACAACACUGCUAGCAUAGCGCAAGCCCGCAAGCUGGUGGAGCAGCUGAAGAUGGAGGCCAAUAUCGACAGGAUAAAGGUGUCAAAAGCGGCAGCAGACCUGAUGGCGUACUGCGAAGCCCACGCCAAGGAGGACCCUCUAUUGACCCCCGUCCCAGCCUCAGAAAACCCCUUUAGAGAGAAGAAGUUCUUCUGUGUGAUCCUGUAAACCCUCGAGGAGCCUGACCGGCACUCAGGCCACCCUGAACACUGAUGUAGAGUUUUUAGGAACGGGGACGACCUGCUAGUCCACAGAAUUUAAACAAAAAUAAGUAAAAUACACAGCCUGGAAGCUACAGAGAUGUGCAUGUUUAACGAACCUGGCCACCUUUGGGGGAAUAAGAUGAUCUGCAUUGCAAGGCAAAAGAUCUGAAGUCUGUAGAGUUGCCUAGAAAGAAAAAAAAAUAUGUAAAGAAUAAAUUUGUGUCACUUUUCUGCUCACAAAAUUGUUUGAUUGUUCCAUAUUUAAAGCACCAGAGCUGUGCUGAGCAAAGUAACUGCUAAGGAUGUGUAUAACCUUCUUGGAAUGAUAUUGUUGGUUUCUUUCCAAAAUAUUAUUUUUUAUUUAAGUUGUCAGAUAUAUAGCGACAGGUUAGAUGACUAUGAUGUUACUCAGUGUUUGGUCUUGUGCUUUUUAAUUUCUGGCGGUAGCGUAGCACAGGGGUUGAGCGGCCCCAUGGCGGGUUAGUGAGGACGCCGGCAGCUCCUGCCUGCACCCCAUGUGCUGGCAGCUCAGUGUUUCUAGCGAGCCCCACUUUCUAACAUUUUGUAUAUGGUUAUAGCUUUGGCUCUGCAAGUACAAGUGAAUCAUAUGUCGUGGUUGGUGCUUCAUACUCCUGUGACGACGUUCGGUGGUAGUGCAUGAGAGUUUAUCUUUGUUCAUCCGCUCCAGACUUUUCUUUUCUAUCGUUUGACACCACGUGCUGGUGGGAGAAGCUGUAGGGAGGAAACCGAGGCGAUGCCGAAAGCAAAGACAACUCCUGCCUUAGAUGUGCCUGAAAUACCUCCUGCGUUAGGGUAGGUGCCAGCCCAGGCAUCGUGGGGUAGCUAGAAAUCCGAAAAUCAAAGUUGACCGCUUCUUUCCGGGUCUUUCCUCUUCUCCUACACCUCUGUGCCUCUGCCCUCCUCGCUUGGUUCUUGUCCUGCUCUUUCAGCUUCCCGGCAGCAUCUCCUCCCCGCUGGGGCUGGGCCGGGAUGCUGUCCCACGGUGGGAUGCUUCUGCCCCUUCCCACACCCGCUGGCUCCCCCGUUCCCGCUGCCGCCCUGCCGCAAUGGGUAAGGGCAGGGGGAGCAGCCGGGGGAGCCGCGGGGCCACCCCUUCACGGAGUUGCCUGAUACCUUGUUUACACACAGCCUGAGCUUCACGUCAGGCUGGGAAAUUAUUCCCAGGUCCGGUUCAUCCGCCGCCAGCGUUUCAGGGGAUACACGCCACCUUUUUUGGCUCCGCCUCGGGUUAAUACUUCUGCGGAUGUGGCUUGCCUCUCCUUUCCACUGCUAAACACCUCCUGGCUUUCCCCGCUCAUCUACACUCCUGGGAAACUUUGGGAAUCAUAACUUGGGGAUCUGAGUACAAAAUUAGGUGGGUGUCACAUAAGGGUUUGGGGGAUCUGCAGUGACCCCACUAAACUCUAACUCUGAAUCAGGUAUCAGCUUAAAAAUCCCUGUGGAUUCAAGAGGGCAAUAGUCUCUGGGUAGCUUUUGGCAAAUCUUUCUAGCCCGUUAACAAGUGCAUUUUGGUUUUUCUACCUUUUCAUACUCUUUUUCUAGUCUUCUACAGAGAAGACCAGUUGUUCUAACACUGGACUCAAAACUUUUGGCAUCUGGGAACGUUUAUAUGACACGAGUAGCCUAGAUGGUCCCAGCCUUCCCGCGGUGGCUUUCGGCCCCCCUAACCUUCCUGUUUCGAUCUUUUUACUACAGUUCACAUAGCUUUAGGAUGAAGGAUGGAUGAAGUCGUUUGCUCUGCAGCUGGUUUCACUCUUGGUGUUACAAGGCAGACAUGUAAAUACCCUGUCCUGGGUUUGUCUUUUCUUUUUAACACUGAUUUACCGUCACAGAGGGUGAAGCACAGCCGGUCUGACCCAGGGCUCACACCCCAACCCUUCUCAAAUGCUGUCAUGAAGUGGUUUGUAAUAAUUUUUUUAACGACUUGCGUAUUUUACAACUCGAAUUCUUAAUAAAUAAACGAAUUUAAAAAGCUGCAUGAGGAGUAGGGGGGGGGGGAAUUUUGAAUUAGCCUAAACUACUCAUUGAAGGUGUUUUACGUUGCUGGUCUUUAUUUUAUGUUGGUAGUGGUGUUGACAUUGGUGUGCUGCCAGGUAUUUCACCCCAGUAUUUAUAUUUACACAGAUACGUCUUUGUUAGCCAAGUAGAGAUAGACUGCCAAGACCGUUUCCCCCCCCCCCCC